GCCUCCCGCUCCCGGCGCCAGCAGAAAGGGGAGCGUCCGCCGCCAUGGAGUGACCGCCAGCCCCGGCCCUGCCCGGCCGCCCGCCCGAGCUGACACCAUGAACCAGCUGAUCCUUUGCACGCUGCUUCUCUUGGCCCCCCGGGAGCUGGUUGGGGCGUGUCCCGCGGGCUGCCAGUGCCAAGACCCCAAAACCAUCCUGUGCGCGGCCAGACGGGGCCAGACUGUGCCCCGGGGGCUGCCCCCCAACACCCUCUCGCUCUACGUCUUUGAGAAUGGCAUCUCAAUGCUCAGUGAGGACAGCUUUACGGGCCUUCCCGCCCUCCAGCUCCUGGAUCUCUCACAAAACAAGAUCACCAGCAUCCAGAAAAACAUCUUCCAGCCCCUGACGGAGCUCGUCAACUUGGACCUGUCCUCCAACCAGCUGCAGGAGAUCACCAACGAGACCUUCCAUGGGCUGCGGCUGCUGGAGCGGCUCUACCUGCAGAAGAACAGGAUCCAGCACAUCCAUGCCACUGCCUUUGACACGCUGGAGAACCUCCUGGAGCUGAAGCUGCAGAACAACCAGCUCUGGGCUGUCCCCCCCCUCAACCUGCCCAACCUCCUGCUGCUGGACAUCAGCUGGAACAAGAUCCCCACCAUCGCACCAGGGGCCUUCCAUGCCGUCAACAUCGAGUCCCUGAAGAUUGCGGGGCUGGGCCUGACAAGCUUAAACGAGGAGCUCUUCCAGGUCCAGAACAACCUCCACGAGCUGGAUGUCUCUGACAACCUGCUGGAGUGCGUUCCGGCGGUGCUGCGGCGGCUGGGGAGCCUCACCAAGCUCAGCCUGGCUGGCAAUGCCCGCAUCUCCCAGCUGCCAGCUGAGGACUUCCACAACCUUCACAACCUCCAGGAGCUGGACAUCAGCAACCUCAACAUCAACACCAUCCCUCGGGAUUUUUCCAGCUUCUUCCCCAGGCUGCGGGCCAUGACGGCCGCUGGCAACCCCUUCAACUGCAUCUGCCAGAUGAGCUGGCUGGUGCAGUGGGUGAACGCCAGCAGCGUGCUCCUCCGACGGCCUGAAGAGACACGCUGCCACUUCCCCCCUAAAAACUCAGGCAAGCUUCUCCACCACCUGCAGUAUGCUGACUUUGGCUGCCCCACCACCACCACCACCCCCACCACCCGCCGCACCACCACGCUGCCACCGCCCGCCCCGCUCCCCACCAGCAGCCGCCCUGCGCCGCAGCCCAGCACCGCCGUGCCCACCCUGGGGGACGAGUCCCCCCAGAGCAGUUCCACACUGGUGCCCUUCAGCGGCCCCCCAGCCCCCACCAGCCCCCCCCCACCCAUCUGUCCCCCUCGCACAUGUCUGAACGGUGGCACCUGCCACCUGGGUCCCCAAAACCACCUGGAGUGCUUGUGCCUGGCAGGUUUCACGGGAAUGUACUGUGAGGUGGAGGCGAGGGGGACGACGCCGAGCCUGGCCACGCAGGCCCCACCGCCCGGCAGGCGGGUCAGCAUUGCUCAGGUUGGCAGCACCUCCCUCAAAGUGGACCUGCAGAACUACAUCCAGUCCAGAGCGCAGCUGAAGGGGAUCCGCCUGAGCUACCGCAACCUCUCCGGGCCGGACAAGCGGGCAGUGAUGCUGCGUUUACCGGCUUCACUCUCUGAAUACACAGUGCGGGCGCUGAAGCCCAACUGCACCUACCGCGUCUGCAUCGGGCCCCUGGGGGAGAAGGUCUCCAAGGAGGAGCACUGUGCUGAGGCGCAGACCUUGCCAGCGAGUCACCAGCAGCACUCCCCUGUCACCCAGAGCAAGGACAGCAACCUCACCCUGAUGAUCGUCCCCGCGCUGGCUGCCAUGCUGCUGCUGGUGGUGGUGAUCACCGCCAGCACGUACUACUGCCGGCACCGCCAGCCCAAGGCGCACGCCGGCACCGGGGGGGAUGCAGGCCCGUUGGAGCUGGAAGGGGUGAAAGCCUGCCUGGAAAACGGGGAUUUGAGCAGCCACGGCCGCAAGGUGCCGGAGGCAGCGAUGCUUUCCGGCGGCUCCGAGUGCGAGGUCCCGCUCAUGCAGUCACACUACCCCAGCAACAACAACACCCCGGGGCUCAAACCCUCCUAUUUCUGAGCCAGGUUGGGAUGGAGCUGCUGGCAAGGGGAGCCCUGCACAGACCAGGGGCACCCAGCCGGGUCCCUCUGGGGCGAGGAACGGCGAGGAGUUAACUGAAGUAAGGCAGAAAAACCUCAAACCCCUAACGUGCAAUUUCUGAGAGGCUGCGGCGCUUCGGAAGGAGACACUAAUUUUACCACUCAGUGCCUUGAUUUCUGAGACUCGACAUAGAACAUGGGU